AUGCCGGCCUGCAAGAGUCAGACCUAUAACUGGGACGACUUGAACAGUGUGGCUCCCAACACAAAGUACCUGGGUGAUGCCAGCAAGGCGGAUUGGGUCUCCAGCGGUGAGCCCAAGUCUGCCGGUGGUAAUCUGUUGUUGACCAUGGCUCCCAGCACCGUUGGUACCUUGCUCGGCCACAACCACUACAUGUGGUAUGGCAAGGCCUCCGCUAAGCUAAAGACCAGUAGGGGUCGUGGUGUGGUGACUGCUUUCAUUUUGAUGUCUGAUGCAAAGGAUGAGAUUGAUUUCGAGUUCAUUGGAGCCGACCUGACUACUGCUCAAACCAACUACUACUACCAGGGCAUCACCGAUUAUACUCAUGGCAAGAACCAAUCACUCUCUAAUACUUUCGAUGAGUAUCAUACCUAUGAGAUCGACUGGAAGCCAGAGAAAAUUACCUGGAGCAUUGACGGCCAAACCAUUCGUACUCUCGAGCGUGAUAGCACGAUGAAUGAAACCACUCACCAGUACAACUACCCUUCCACGCCCGCUCGUGUCCAACUCUCCCUCUGGCCGGCUGGUCUGUCCACCAACGGAGAGGGUACCAUUGCCUGGGCUGGAGGCCUCGUUGACUGGAAGUCCGAAGACAUUCAGAAGAACGGUUACUACUACGCACUUUUUGACUCUGUCACCAUCGAGUGCUACGACCCUCCAAAGAGCGCCAAGGUCGAAGGUAGCAAGGCCUAUGUCUACUCCGAUGACAGCGGUACCGAAGGCUCCGUCAAGAUCACUGACGACAGCACCAUUCUUAAGUCGUUCCUCGGCAAUGGCAAAGACAAAGACAAGGAUUACCCAAGCCCUACCAAGGGAGGUUCCAGCCCACCACGGCCUACCGAAGUUGCUGUCAUUCCCGGUCUCAGUGGUGCCGGUCCCGGCCUCGACGGCAAGCGACCAGGUGACGGCGAGAAAGGGAACAAUGGUGGCAGCGGCGGUAACGGUGGCUCCAACCCUUCUGCUCCCCAACAGUCCGGCUUCACCCAGGGUCCUGUCGGCGGCGACGGCAACUCGAGCGGCGCCUCUGCUCCAGGAGACCAAGUCCUCCAAGGCUCACUAUUUGCUGUUUUCAUUGCCAUCAUGGCACUAGUAACUUUGUAA